CAGGACCCUGCAUUCACUAUAUCUGGUCUCCCACAGUACACAGAACAUAGAAAUGCAAUUAUUUUGGUAAAUAAACUGCUAAAUAUCUUUUCUCAUCAGCAGCUGGAGCAGUUUUGUGACUUCUAUCAGUGUGCUGCUGAACAGUGGUUAAAGCUUAUAGGAGUUUUCAUUCUGCUCAGGGGUUAUGAGGCUCCAUAACCCCUGAACCGUGUCUGGACAGUGCUGAUUAGCCCUGUGCUGAUAACAUGCACUCUCCCAAAUAUAUCCUUUCUAGCAAUACACCCUAAACUGAGCAU